UCAGUCCCCUGAGGCUGACGAUCACUCUUCAACACCCAAGAAAGAUCCUCAACAGUAGGAGCAAGAGGAGUCGUACUUCCCUGGGCCUUCUUGAUAGUAGUUUAUGCUGCUGCUUCUGUGCUGAGGCAGUUAUACGGCCCAGUGCGUUGAAUUUAUAGCAUGCUCCAAAAGCUAAAGCAAAUGGUGGCAUCGAAAGAUUGAAAUGAAGAUUCCUGGGGGAAUGGUCUGAUGGAGGUUUCCUUGGGUGCUAGUCUUGACCAUAAACUUUCUAAACAAGCGGUUUUAGGGAAGCCACUCCUGCAACUUGGCCAAGUACCGGGCAGAUUAAGCGUCCAUUUCAAUAAGCCAAUUUCAAGAGAUGUGGAAGGGGAUCGACCAUUCUGAAAACAUGACCAAGUGCUAUUACAAUGAGUCAGUCGAGUUCUUCUACAACAACAGUGGGAAGGAGCUAUUCCAUGAAUGGAGGUCGAAGGAUAUCUUGGUGGUAGCUCUUGGUUUGACUGUCAGCAUCAUUGUGCUCCUCACCAACUUGCUUGUCAUCACAGCCAUUGUGAUCAACAAGCGCUUCCACUAUCCCAUCUAUUACCUCUUGGGGAACUUGGCCGCUGCCGACCUCUUUGCUGGCAUUGCUUACAUGUUCUUGAUGUUCCACACAGGGCCUAGGACCGCUGGCCUCUCUCUCAAGACCUGGUUCAUCAGGCAGAGCCUCUUGGAUACCAGUUUGACGGCCUCCGUGGUCAAUCUCUUGGCCAUUGCCGUGGAGCGGCACCAGACAGUUUUCACCAUGCAGCUCCACAGCAAGAUGUCCAAUCAGCGUGUGAUGAUCCUCAUCUGCUGCAUUUGGAUUACAGCUCUGUUGCUGGGCCUCAUCCCCUCAUACGGCUGGCACUGCUUAUGCCAGCUGGAUGACUGCUCCCGGAUGGCGCCCCUCUACAGCCGCAGAUACUUGACUUUCUGGGCUCUCUCCAAUCUCUUCAUCUUCAUUAUCAUGGUGAUCGUCUAUGCUCACAUUUUCAUCUAUGUGAAGAGGAAGAUGGCACGGAUGUCGAAGCACACCACUUUCCAUCCACGCUAUAAGGACACUAUGAUCAACCUUAUCAAGACAGUCAUCAUCAUCCUCAGUGCUUUUGUUAUCUGCUGGACUCCUGGGCAGGUGGUUCUCCUGUUGGAUGGCCUUGGUUGUAAAAGCUGCAAUGUGCUAGCAGUUGAGAAGUACUUUCUGCUGCUGGCUGAAAUCAAUUCACUCAUCAAUGCCAUUGUCUACUCCUACCGGGACAAUGAAAUGCGCAGCACCUUCCGGAAGAUCCUUUGCUUUGCCUGCUACAGGAUGCCCAAGUACUCUCCAGCUUCAGUCAAGGCCAGUACCACAGAGCAGAGGAUACUGCCUCAGAACGGGCAUCCUAUCAUGGACUCCACUCUCUAACCCUGCGGUCUCGCUGCUCUUUAGACUGGUUUUCGAAGGCCCAGCCCUUCUUGAUGAUCUUUGAGAGGUCCAUUGUCCGAAGCUGGGGAGAUGACUGUUUGUGGCAGUUGCAGCAGGACUGGGAAUAUUGCUGCCACCAAAACGGUCAACCAGGGUUUGUAACGGAUGGUAUUGUACCUGUGGAUCAGUCGAUUAUGGAAAGCGGCUGUGGCACCCUGUGGCGCCAUUCUGCAGCCUCCUGAUCAGGCCUGUUGAACUGGGACCGACCAUGUUUCUGGGCUUUGCAGUGACGAUUCACAGUCAACAUAGCUGAAGAAUAAGCAAAUUUGCUCUAUGUUACAUCUCAGAGGGCACCUUAAACAUUCUGUGGUGUUGAGAUCCAGUUCAAAACUGGUUUUGCAUCACAGCUUCUUAAAGGCACGUGUCCUUUUUUCCUUCCUCCAUAGGCUGG